ACACUUGAAUAAAACACAUCAAUUAUCAUUACAAGCCCUUGCUCAAGUUGAAGUAUGUGCAUCAAGGUUAGAAUUGUACUUGAGAACAGUUCGUAAAGAAUCACAACGUUUAAAUGCAAUGGUACGACAUCUAAUCGGUAGAGCGCGUUGUGGUGGUACAACUUUUGAAUGGUCAACUAAUUCAUCAUUAUCAUCAUCAUCAUCAUCAUUAUGUAAUUCAGUUCCUGCAUCAUUUGGAAAUUGUUCAUUAAACUGUUUUCCUGGAUGUAAUAGCAAUACUACUAAUAAUAAUCAAACAAUUAAUCAAGUUGGUUCCUUUAAUUGGAAUACAAAUGGACAUUUAGAUUCUACCGUUAAUUCCCUGGCAAAUGGAACAUUAGAAUUGCCGGAUAAGACAGAAUUAGAAUCAAAUUCCUUAUACGAAUCUCAAGUACAAAAUAUUAAUUCAAUCUAUCGUACUGAUAAUCCAAUGCAUUGUAGUCCAGUUUAUAGUAAUACAACUACUUCAGAAUCAUGGUGUACAGAUCAAUUAAUUAUACCUGAUUGCACUGCAAUGUCUGUGCUGCGUGAUUUACCAUUACAUCAUAGACGUAGUGCAGUACAUUCAUUAACAUCACGUUGGUCUACAUCGAAUCAUCAUUCAACAUUAGAUACAACUUAUGAUUCAAAUACAUUGAUAAAUCAAAUUCCCAGUAAUAAUAAUGGUAGUAAUAAUACUACUAAUAAUAAUAUUAAUAAUUGUAAUUUGCCACCUGCUCUACCCGUAUUUCCAAAUAAUCCAAAUGAUUGUUCAUCAUCCAACAAUAAUAUAGUGGAUAAAUUAACUAUUCCCUCACCAUCUACACCACCGACUUCAUGUCAUCCAGCUUUAAUAGCUAGUGCAGCGGCAGCAUUAUUGUCAAGUGUUUCAAGUUUGCACAAUCAAAUCAUCACCAGUAUGUCAACUCAUCAUCCUGUUCUAACUGGUCAAUUUCAAACUGCAACUGAUCCUCAACUUCCUCAUCAAUCGACAUCAGCGAACGCAGCUGCUGCGGCUAUGGCGGUUGCAGCUGCGGCGGCAGCAGCUUCCGGUUUAUCUAACCCUGCGUCAAUGUCAUGGCUUCCAAGAUCAACUGCCGCUGCGAAUAAUAAUGGUAGCAGUAGUAUUGGUGUCGGUGGCGGCAAUACCACAAAUUUUGAUCCUAAAGAAUUUGAUACAACUGCUGCCGCGGCAGCAGCAGCAGCCGCCGCCGCUGCUGCAGCGGCUGUAGCUGCUUCUAAUCCCGCCUCAGCAAAUGGUGCAUUUUUCGACUCGAACACCACAACUCCCAUUGUUCCUGCUCCUCUGCCUCCACCUUCCGCCGCUCCUACAGCUGUCGCUGUCACUACUACCACUUCUCAUACAAGCCUCACAUCAUCAUUGUUUGAUAAAGCUGUUAAACAACGUUGGUUCGAUGCAACUAGACAAGACGAAUUGAUGAUAACAACAACACCAACACCACCACCGCUUCCAGCAAUAACUUUAACAUCAACGGCAGUAACAACGGUGACUUCGUUGCCCAUGGCUGCGAUCACCACUACUAUGUCAGUAGUAGGGAAGUCAUCUAAUAGUAAUAAUAAUAGUAGUAAUAGUAUUGGCGCUAGAACAAGAGAUAGAGAGCAUCAAAUGAAACCAUCUGUCAAUCAGGAAUCAUCUAUUAUAGAAUUGGAAAGACAAGGUAGAACUAUUGAAAAUUCCGAUAAGUCCACAAUUCACUGUAAUAUACCAGAAGCUAUGGAUUCUGAAAAUUCAUUAGUGAUGACAUGUGAAAAUCUUGCAUACACAUCAUCAUCGUCACAACAACAAACAUCGUUGUCAUCCGCAGUAAUCGUAGUACCGGCAGUAGUAUCAUCAUCAACAGGAACUUCAUCUUUGACAUCAGUGAUGACCACUGCAGCUGUCACAACAAUACCAACUACAACAACAUCACAGACAACAAAGACGACAGCCACGUCAAGUACAAAUGGUACCUCUUCAACUGCAAACAAUAAUAAUAAUAAUACAUCAUUAGCUCAAAGACAAUACUAUCGAUCACAUUGUGCACGUCCCAGAUUCACUUAUGCUAAUUUAAUACGUCAAGCAAUAUUAGAAUCACCGGGACAACAAUUAUCAUUAAGUGCAAUUUACGUAUGGUUACAACGUGAAUUUGCUUAUUUUCGACAAAAUGAAGCUACAUGGAAAAAUGCUGUAAGGCAUAAUUUAUCAUUACAUAAAUGUUUCCGACGAUUGGAAACCACAUCUGGUUCAGUUUGGGUUGUUGAUGAAAGUGAAUAUCAAAGACGUAAGGCUAAACGAGCAGUGUAAGUGAAAUAACAGUAAUAAUAAACAUUUUUGUUUUCUUUAUGUGUGUAUGGGUGAUUGAGUGCAGUUUGCAUACAAAACAAACAGACAGGAACAGUUGUAGUAACAUAAUGAAAACUGUACUUACUUUAUACAUUUGAAGCAUUGCUCCUGUUUUUGUUAGGAACACCGAGUAAGUAAUGUAAAGGUUUGAUAUAGGGUACUAAAUAAUUAUGACAAAUUGAUUGAUAAAGUUGCAAGUCUUUAUCAAGUUAAAUGGAUAGAAUAUUUGUUAAGUAUGCACGACCUACUUGAAUGAGGAAUGCUUGCUGAUUUAAGAGUGAGCUGAAAUAAAGCUAGGAAUGGUCGUCAAACAAGAAUUUG